AUGUGUAAAAUGAUGUUAGUAAGAUUCCAGUUUGCCUACGAUUUAGAGAGGAAACAAAAAAAAUACCAUAUGAGCGAUAAUAUUGUUGACUUCAUCGAAUGA